UGCACUCCUCGGGCCGCGGCGCGACCGGCCCGCAGCCGCCCCGCCCCGCGCGCACGGCCCUGCCCUCGCCCGGCUCGCCGCUCCGGAACGCGGAGCGGGACCCGAGCGCGGCGCGGGGCGGCGCGGGACUCGGAGAGGGCGGCGCGGGGCGGCCGCGUUCAGCCGGGCGCGGAGGGGGACUCGGAGCGGGGCGUAGAGAUGGGCGCGGGACGGGACAGGGACCCGGGCGCGGAGCGGGGCGCGGAACGGGACGCGCCGCCUCCGUCCCCGCCCCGCCGCGGGAUAGCCGCUUCCCGCGGUGCCGUCCGACCGCAACUCCGGGACCGCGUGCACAAACUUUGCCAGGGCGCGAGGCUGGCUCCCGGCCCCCAGGGCCGCCGGGGCGGCGGCCGGCGCCGGCCGUACCUGCUGGCACCGCCGCCGGCUGCAGCCCGCUCGCCCGCGCCAGGCCCGCUCGGCGCGCCGCCGCCACCCCCGCGCGCAGCGCGCCCGGGCCCUCCCCUCGCCGCCGCGCUUCCUCAUUCCAGCGCCGCAUCGCUCCGCGGCUCAGCGCGGCAGGUGGCCGCCGGCUCUCUGCGCCCGGGACCCGGUGGCGGGAUCGGCCGCGGCGCCGCGGGGCCCGCGCUUAACCCUUGGGGGCCCGGCGCGGGCGGCGCGGGCGGCGCGUGCGGGGCAGCUGGAGGCGGGAGCCGCGUCGCCGGGGCUGCUCGCCCCGGCGCGGGGACCCUCGGGACGCGGGACAUCGUGAAGCACUUUCCCCCGGUGACUGGGGGCGUCCACUGCGCGCCCAGCUCUACUUCCCUCGAAAUGGGGCCACUGGGCUCCCAGGUUCUGGCUGCGACCCCGGGUGAUGAGUGCCCACCCGAGGGGGUGGGAAAAGUUGAUCCUCCGCAAGUGAGGGGAAGGUGCAAUUCAUUUUCCCAGACAACCAAUGGAAUACCUCUCGUCUCUCUUCCCUCCCACCUGCUCAGGCAGCCGUUAGCAUCGCGCCUUCCAUCCGGCCUGUGUGCACACGCAAGUGUGAAGGGACGGCUGCGGGAGGAGGUGACACCAAAGGCAAUCCUGCAGCCUGGUACCGCGGCUCUUGGCACCGUAGACCCCUCCCUCCCUGAGCCCUGAAGCGCGCGUGUUGAGGCGCCCUGUGGGUCUCCGCUGAAGAAGAAUGCCGUGCAGACGGAGAACCUCUCCACACUCUGCGAGGAGCCCAUCAUCAUUCUCAUGAGCCGGGCCCCACCCCAGCAGGAGCCGGGCGACAGUGUUCAAUGCCCUUGAGUGUGGCAAGGAAUGGCAGCCACCGGGGAAGGCUGUGGCCUGGCCCAGGAGGCUGCUGGUGGCAGCACCCAGGCACUCUUGGGGACUGGCUUUGCCUGGUGCCAUCCUGGAGAAGUCUCUCCUACCUUCCGAGAACCACAGACAGCAUCUGGACGAGUUCUUCCUGGACCACUUAUGCAACACCUGCUACUCAAUUCGUGCUGACAGACAUUUUGAUGUUCUGAGCCCUGAGCCCAUUGACUCCCCCUGUUUGGAGUCCAGAGGAAGAGGAACUAGUGAAAGGUUCAUUGCUUUAAUCCUUAGUCCACCCCUUGCCUGUAUGUCCUUAGGCAAGAUACUGAACCUCUUUGAGCCUCACUGUCCUUACCUGCAAAAGAAGCCAGUGCUACUUCGUUCAUCCUAAAAGUCCUUGUCAGGACUAAACAAAGCAACAAACGCAAGAUUCAAGGCCUUGGGGCCAAAAAUAUUGUAGUGGAGGGGUUAUGGGACACCUCUGGUUCUUGGGUGCACACAGCACCCUUUGCUCCCCUAUGUGUCUUUUUAAAUGUAUGCCAUGGUCCCUAGGAGUGGGACUCAAGGACCCAGAUGUAGUCUCCAGGCCAAGGCAUUUCCUCCUCAGGCGGAGGAAUAGGAGGUAAAGGACCCUGAGAGUUUAGGCUGUGUGGUCCUAACCAAGUUCCUAAACCUCUCUGAGACAGCAACUUUCCCAUCUAGAGAUUGGUGGUAAUAAUGUAAGCUACCUCCUGGGGUUGUUUGAAGAUUGUGUAUUUUACAUAUGAAAGCUCUUGCCCUCUGCCCACCAAGAAGAGGACUCUGUGAGUGGCAACUAGUGUUUGUUAUGAACCUUGCUAACUACCUGUGUCCUCUUGCGAUGGGGAACAAGCAGAGAAAACCAGGCUUCAUGGUCCUCUCCCCCUCCCACACCCAAACAGGCAGAGCACAAGAUUGUAACCUGGGGUCUGUGGGUGAACACCAUGGCCCUAGAGAGGAUGCUUACAUCAACAAUUAAAGCACAUUGGAGGGGAAAAUCUAUCAGGAUAAAUUGAAACAUGUGAUACUUUUAAAAAAAUAUAUAGGUGUAAAGUAAUUUUGUUUCUUUAGAAUAUAUACAUAAUAAUAUUGCACUGUUUAAUGAAGGACGGCUUCAUUUAUUCAGACAGUAACUGCCAAAUUAUCAGUUUUUCUUCUUUUGAGAUAUUAUCAAAGUCACAAAGAACCCCUAUAGAAUGAAUCACAAAGUACUGAUUCAGAGCUUGCUGUAAUAAGGGAUGCAGCUAUUGGCACUUUUAUGCUGGGAGAGACUGGAGAAGAUUUCAAAGGGGAGUCAGUUUUACAGAGUGAAAGGAUGCUUGAGGUGGUAGGAUAUGAUCCAUUGUUUCCUUUCUUACUCCUUAUGUGAGUCUUGGAACGUUACUUAACCUCUCUGGGCUUCCCUUGCUUGUCAUCUGCAGAGCACACCUACUUUACAAGGGUGUUGAUAGGAUUAGGGGAAAUUAAAUGAGCUGAAGGAAGUAAUUUCCUAUGAUUAUAACUGUAUCCUUCUUCAGUUUAAAGAUGUCUGCUAAAGGGCAACAAACCAGCGCCCCCCCCCCCCCAGCAGUUGGGAAACAGCAGGAAUCAUUUUUAAGUAACAGGAAGAGAUUUUUGUAAAAGAAAAAA